AUGCCUCCACGGAGAAACAUGAGGCAUGUCAAUAUAAAUGCUACGCCUGCACCACCUCCACUACCACCUCCUCAAUUUGACGCUACCAUGUUUCUGGCGACAGUCACUGCAACUGUCGCAACUACUAUAUCCCAUAUAAACACCACUAUCGCAAGUGGAUCAGGGAGUAGCGCACCUUCCUCCAAUCAGGGUGAAAGUUACGGGCAUCAUAGGGAGUGCACCUACAAAUACUUUUCAAACGCCAAACCUUGGACCUUUAACGGAACUGUGGGAGUUAUGGAAUUAAGACAAUGGAUUGAGAAAAUAGAGGCAGUCUUCGAGAUAUGCUCCUCCCUAGAAGGUAGAAAGAUUAAAUUCGCUACAUGUAACUUUGCCGAUAGAGCACUAACAUGGUGGAAUGGCCAUGUUAAGUCACUAACCCUAGUAGUGGCUAAUUCAGUAAGUUGGGAGAACUUCAAAUCAAUGUUGAUGCGGGAGUACUGUCCGCAAGGUGAAAUUCAGAAGCUCGAACAGGAGUUGUGGGGUCUUACUAUGGUUGGUUCGGACAUAACAACCUACAUUAAUAGAUUCUGCGACUUAGCGAUCCUAUCUCAAGAAAUGGUUGCUCUGGAGAGCAAAAAGAUUGAAAGUGCCAAGAAGCUGGCACAGUCACUUAUUAACCAUGGAGUCCAUCAAAACACCGUGGCUGCUGCUCCAGAACAACCCAAGAACAACAACAACAGCAAGAAGAAGUCCUGGAGCAAACGGAAGGGACAAUUUUCUCAGGAGCCCUCGAAAAAGCAACAGUUAGUAGCAGUCCAUGCUGCUACUGUACCUGCUGCUAUUCCUGCUAACCCUAAACCUGCUAAGCCUGAUGCUGGUAAACUUCCUAAAUGCAAUAAGUGUAAUUUCCACCACAACAGAAAUUGCUUGGAGAUGCAGUGUCGGAACUGUAACAAAAAAGGGCACACUGCCCGAUUCUGUAAAUCACCACCCCAAGCGAUUAACCAAGCACCUGCCGAUGGAGUAGGUCAAGCGUGUUAUGGAUGUGGGGAAGUUGGACAUUUCAAAAUAGAUUGUCGGAAAGCUGGGAAUGUCGUUGGAGUUGGAAGGAUACUGUCAAUAGGUUACAAAGAAGCCGUGGCAGACCCUACAGUGGUCACGGUUACGUUUCUUCUCAACAUUACUUAUGCAUGCAUUCUAUUUGAUUGUGGUGGCUGA